UAGGAAGUAUCCAUUCAAAUUUUGAAUAGCUAAAUGUGUUUAAUGUGUUUGACUUAGGUGUUGGACGGAAUUAUUUUGUCAAAUGCGUGUUCGGUAUUUUAGUGUUCUUAAUGUUUCAUAUGAAGAGUUCUUACCUAGGACCUUAGGUUGCCCAAUUCUACAUCUCGUAAAAGAGUAAAGAACAUGAAUACAGGGCAGUCCGAUCCACGAAAUUCAGAAUCCGAAAGUUCAAUAUUGCAAACGAUUCCAUCGCCAGCAGAUACAAAUACGAAAGUGCCAGAUAUACAGGAUUUUAAUAUUAUAAAGCCAAUAAGCAGAGGAUCGUUUGGCAAAGUUUUUUUAGGCUACAAGAAGAGCAACCCAGACCAAGUGUAUGCCAUAAAGGUGAUGAAGAAGUCAGAGAUGGUGAACAAAAACAUGGCCAGCCAAGUGGUGAUGGAGAGGAAUGCCCUUGCAUUAUCACACAGUCCAUUCUGUGUUCAACUGUUCUACUCCCUGCAGACCAACCACAACAUUUACCUGGUGAUGGAAUACCUAGUAGGAGGUGACCUCAAAUCCCUUCUCAGCAUCUACGGUUACUUUGAUGAGAACAUGGCCGUGUUCUAUGCUGCAGAGAUAACAUUGGCACUGGAAUAUCUCCAUUCACAUGGAAUCACACACCGUGAUCUCAAGCCUGACAACAUGCUACUUACUGACUGUGGCCACAUCAAACUCACAGACUUUGGACUGAGCCGCAUAUCUGAGUUUCGGAGAGAUCUGGAAAUAUCGGACCUGGUGACCGAAUCGGAGGCUGGACUUUCCUUCAGUCGUACCCCAGGACAGCUGUUGUCACUCACCUCACAUCUUUCAUUCGGCUCAGGUCAGAGUGGCAUGCUGCCUGGUGACACGCACCUCAGCAUGUCGUCCAGCUGUGAGGACCCAACACAGAACCUCACACCCUUCUUGGAGCAACGUGAGGGCGAGGCAAGUGUGUCUCAGCAUGAUAACAGUCGUCGCAUCUCGGGUGUUACUCCAUUCUCAUCUGCCGACAGUAGUGACGCAUUUGAUUCAUACCACACAUGUUCCAGCUGUCCUGUAGUAGAUGCGACUCCUAUGACUAGGCCUAGUACUCCAGGAUCUGCAAAGACCCCAGGCAGUAACAGACGUUCCCGUCCAGUCACCAUGCCAGUCCAUCUGUCAAGGAGCACAUCUUCCACCAUCAACUUCAAAUGCCCCAGGGAGCUGCGUGGCACCAAGCGGAAGCUGUCUCCUGAACGUGGUGUUCUGGCUGACAUCAUCAACAGCACGCCCAAGAGAUUUUCAGUCAUUACUCCAAAGAGACAAGACGCGAAACACACUGCUCUCACGAAGGACUUCAUGAAAAUGGAUAUCAUCAGCAAGAGAGAGGUAAAGGGAGUAUUGAAAAAUGAGUGGAGCGCUACAUUGUCUACUCCAGUGUCUGGUGUCAAGAUGACACGAUUUCAUUUGUCACAGAAACAUGAAAGUGACAUCUCUAUGCACACUAGUAACCCUGUUGUGACAACUCCUCUCACUUCUAAUCGUACGCCAUACCGCACACCAAAGUCUGUCCGACGAGGCGAGCCUUCCAGUGAACACCGCAUCUUAGGUACACCAGAUUAUUUGGCCCCCGAGUUGCUGUUACGUCAAGAACAUGGGGCGGCAGUGGACUGGUGGGCCCUGGGUGUGUGCUUGUUUGAGUUUAUGGCGGGCAUUCCACCCUUCAAUGAUGGGACACCCCAAGAUGUCUUCAAUAAUAUUCUCAACAGAGACAUCCCAUGGCCACAAGAAGAAGAACAGUUUUCACAGCCUGCCCAUUCUGCGAUUGAUGCUCUUCUCACACUGGACCCAACUCUGAGGCCUGCAGCUCCUCAAGUGAAACAGAUGUCCCUUUUUUCCGAAAUUGAUUGGAACAAUCUGCUGAGUGCUACACCACCAUUCGUGCCACAGCCUGAUGACAGUACCGACACUGUCUACUUCCAAGCACGGAACAUCCUGCAGCAUCUGAAUGUAUCCAACUUUGAGAUGUGAGUUCCUUGUGGUAAUGAGACAGAAUUCUAAAUAAUGCAGUUGGAAGAAAAAUUGGAGUUAACAAAAUUAUAUGAUACUGACACAUCCAGAGGAUGGCAGACAACAGAAGAUGGCCCAAACCCGUGUUCGAGUGAAUUCCUCCAAGGAAGAGAGGAGAAGGAAAAGAGGAGACCGUGAAUUAGUUGGAUAAAGAGGAUGUCUGAUCCAGUGGAAGUGAAAAGAUUGGAAGGACAGUGAACGAAGAGAGAAGAAUGAUGACUCUGGAUCUGAAAACAUCAUUGAUGUCAGUAAACUGCUAGGCUUUCACAUGAUACAUAUUUGCUGCUGUUUGAAGGUCAUUUGCGGAAGUAAUGUGCAACUACUCGUACAUUUACACUCAAGCACUUUUGGCAUUUUUAGAAAGUAGUUUAAUGUUUGAGCUUGUCUGUUGAGCGGUUAAAUCUAAACGGAGUGAGGGCUGUGCCAUUUCCAGGUGCCUAGCCUCCAACUGCCCACCACAGUAGCAUGGGUUGGAUCCCAAGUCAGCUCUUGUGGGAUUCUGGUAGACAAAGUGGCACUAGGGCCAGUUUAUUAUGAGUACUUUGAUUUUUCAUGCCAAUUCUCACUCCACCAACUGUACCAAAUUCAUCAAUCAUUCUAUCAUCCAACACUGUUUACUUUCAACAGCACUGUUAAACAGCCAAUUUAAAUGGUAUAAAUGGAGUGAUAUUAUGAACUUCAAAGAUGCUUCAUGCAGGAUCAGUGAGGCCUCAACAUUGCUAAUAUCAAGCCCCACUAUUGGACACAAUCCUGAACCAGUUCCAUUGAUUUCACGCCCUCAGAAUGUAUUUCCAUGGGACUUGAAGCUUUCCUAGUGAAGAGGAUAAUAUUGAGCUGCGUCCCUUUGAAGUCGAACGUUUCAGAGACCUCUGUUUCCUACGUCAAGGAUUGGCGAUGCAGAGAUGAUGUUGAAAAUUACUGGACUUUGAUUCCAAACUGACAUGGCUGUCACCCAGGAAAAUUCAUUUUAAUGUUUUUUAACAUAUCCUUCAGAGCCUUCAAUGUGGUCACUUCAUAAGAAUAUUCCCCCGCAAAACUGUGUAUGCAUUUAUCUCUGCUGUCCAAGCUACAUGCCCAACCUCUCUUGCAAGCUCUAGAUGAAUUGUGUAAAUUCACAGAAACCCUUGAUUAUCUAAUAUCCUACAGCCUUUUUCGAGGUUUUGGCAAUGUAUUGUCCUGAGUGCUUUGUUUUCUGAGAGAUAGAAUUUAUAUUUCCUCAACAUUGGAUUUGACAUUCUCACAGCAGUCACUAUGAAUAGAACAGCCUUAUGGGUUUUAACACCAUGCAGUUCAGAGAGAACCUGAUGUUUUGGAGGAACAUAUCACCUCCAUUUUCAGGAUCAAGGAGUAAGCCCGCUAGCGGUGUGCUUUGUAUUUAGUUGAGUCCAUAGGCCACGCCAUAGCUCAAGUGGUUAUUCGCUGGCUUCCCACCGUGGUGGGCCAGGUUCGAUCCCAGGUCUGG